GGUAGUAUGCAAUCGGCGUUCCAAAUCUGCAACGGAAACUGGGUUUUUUGAGAGAUUAGUUUUCAUAAAUCCUCCCUCCAAACUGGCCUUUAAGAAAUAUUGAAAAAUGGGUUUCAGUUCAGAUCUGCACUUCUGAUUUCCUCAUUUCCAUCUCAGAGAUCGGUGCUCAAUUGAUUGAAAAGUAAGCUGUUGUAGAAUAUCUAUAUCACAAAGUCUUGUACUCCUUGACGUUCGGCCUUCUUAUAAUUCAUAAGCGUUCACAAUGGUGGUUCUUGCUGCUUCCAUCAUUAGCAAGUCUGGUAAAGCACUGGUCUCGAGGCAAUUUGUGGAUAUGUCUCGUAUAAGGAUCGAAGGAUUGCUGGCAGCAUUUCCUAAGUUGGUUGGCAUAGGAAAACAACACACAUACAUUGAGACGGAAAAUGUCCGUUAUGUCUACCAGCCGAUAGAAGCUUUAUAUUUGCUACUUGUAACAAACAAGCAGAGCAACAUACUUGAAGACUUGGAUACCUUGAGUAUUCUGUCCAAACUUGUACCUGAGUAUUCUCCCUCUCUAGAUGAGGAAGGGAUUUGCGAGAUGGCCUUUGAGCUGAUUUUUGCUUUUGACGAAGUCAUCUCUCUUGGGCACAGAGAAAAUGUAACUGUUGCUCAGGUUAAACAAUACUGUGAGAUGGAAAGUCAUGAAGAAAAGCUGCAUAAGCUGCUAAUGCAGAGCAAGAUCAAUGAAACCAGGGACGUCAUGAAGCGCAAAGCUAGUGAGAUUGACAAAAGCAAGAUUGAUAAGAAUAGAGUCGAUAAAGGAGGGUUUAUGUCUAUGCAGUCGAUGGGUUCAGGAAGAAUUGAAAGUGGCUUUAGUGAUAUGAGUCUAUCUGGUGCGGGAGGUGGUUUUGGAUCAGGCACCGAAGUUGAAUCCUUUUCUAGCAAGUCUAAAGGUCGUCCAUCUGGAUCUGCCACUGCUCCUCCAAAAGGUCUUGGCAUGAAACUUGGCAAGACACAAAAAGCAAACCAAUUCUUGGAAUCUCUGAAAGCAGAAGGCGAAUUGAUUUCGGAGGAUGUGCAACCAACUGCUUCUCAGUCAAGGUCAUCUGUUUCACUUCCACCAACUGAUCCCAUCACACUGAUCAUUGAAGAGAGGCUUAAUGUGACACUUAAGCGAGAUGGUGGAGUUGGCAAUUUUGAUGUUCAAGGUACCCUUUCACUCCAAAUUUUAAACCAGGAAGACGGGCUCAUCCAAGUUCAGAUUGAAACUGGUUUGAAUUCCGGUGUCCUAUUCAAAACCCAUCCCAACAUCAACAAGGAGUUAUUUUCAAGUGAAAAUAUUAUUGGGCUGAAGGAUCCUAACAGACCUUUUCCGACUGGCCAAACUGGUGAUGCAGCAGGUGUUGGUCUUCUGAAGUGGAGAAUGCAGAGCAUGGAUGAAUCACUUGUGCCACUGACCAUCAACUGCUGGCCAUCAGUUUCUGGAGGCGAAACUUAUGUCAGCAUGGAAUAUGAAGCUUCAUCGAUGUUUGACCUACAAAAUGUUGUGAUCACAGUACCAUUGCCUGCACUUAGAGAGGCACCAAAUGUCCGUCAGGUUGAUGGGGAAUGGAGGUAUGACCCGAGGGGUUCUGUCUUGGAGUGGUCCAUUCUUCUUAUUGAUAACUCGAAUCGCAGUGGAUCAAUGGAGUUUGUUGUUCCUCCAGCAGAUUCUUCUGUCUUCUUCCCCAUCAACGUUAUAUUUUCUGCUGCAAACACAUUCAGUGACGUAAAGGUUGUUAGUGUCUUGCCACUAAGAGGUGGCCCACCUCCCAAGUUCGCUCAAAGAACACAGCUGAUCGCAGAGAACUACCAUGUUGUUUGAGUCCAAGCGGGAGCAGCAAUAGACGGGUAACCUCUAAUGUCAGGUUGUGUGGGUCCCAUUUUUACUCCCCAGGAUAUGUAUUGCCUUAUGUUUCGGGAUUUUUGUUACAUUUUCUUUGAAUAGGAAUGACUAGAACAACAUUUGGGCGGUUAUUGGUCUGGAGAAUAUAAUUAAUUUUAUUUUUCCCAUCGUGCUGAUAAUUAGAUUUGUUAAUGUGACAAGUUGACCAUCUCGGGGAGAUUUUUCUAUCUUGCGAGUUUAUCAUACAUAACUGCAGUAUCUAGAGUGAUUUCUGAGAAUGAUAUUAACAUGCAACGGUGCUCUACAGGCCAAUCUUUUGGAGUA